UUAACAGACCAACAAGCUCAAUGAAAUGUAGAUAACUUAUAAUUCUUCCCUAACAAUUAAUAUAUAUAUUUUUUCCCACAGACCUUAUUGGAAUGUUGGGUUUCUAUAAAGGCAAGAUUCUUCUAUGUUCUGAACAGAAAAACAAUUUUAUUUUAACUAUAACAUCCAUACUACCAUGUUUAUAGAACCUCCAUUUUGGUUGGCAAUGUAAAGAGAAGGCCCUGAAGGAAACCUAAGUUUUGAAACCUGAUCUCUGUGUGAAAGUCUCUGUGAAAGUCUGGUGUAAAGAUUUGAAAGAGUUACUUCAGAAACACAAAUCAAUGAUUCUGAGUAACAACAAGAUCUUAUGGUUGAAGAAUGGCUCUUUCUUUGGACUGAGGUCCCUGGAGAGACUAGAUCUGAAGAAUAAUUUGAUUAGCACAAUUGAGCCAGGGGCUUUCCAUGGACUUUCAGAGCUGAAACGCCUAGAUCUUUCAAAUAACAGAAUUGGUUGCCUAACACCAGAAAUGUUUGUUGGACUUAGCAGUCUUCAUAAAUUGAAUUUGUCAGGGAAUAUUUUUUCAAGUCUCAUGAAUGGACUCUUUUCUGAGUUGCUAGCUCUGAAAGCACUGCAUUUCAACACUGAUUCACUCAUUUGUGACUGUAAUCUGAAAUGGGUCUUACAAUGGGCUAGAAAUGCUUCAGUCCGAAUUGCGGAGGAAACUGUUUGUGCUUACCCCAGUGCUUUACAAGGACUGUCUUUUCGUAACCUGAAGGAAAACCAAUUGAUAUGUGCUGGGCCUCUGGAGCUUCCUCUUUUCGAGCUGAUCCCCUCACAAAGACAAGUGGUUUUUCAUGGAGACCGCUUGCCCUUUCAGUGUACUGCAACCUACGUUGACAAAACUACCCAAGUACAUUGGUACCAUGCUGGUCAACUUAUUGAAACAGAUGAAGAGAGUGGCAUAUUUGUGGAGGACAGCAUCAUUCAUGACUGUUGUUUAAUUACACGUGAACUUAUCCUGUCUAGCAUUGAUAUUAAUGCAUCUGGAGAUUGGGAGUGUCUAGUCAACAAUUCCUAUGGAAAUAGCACUAAACAUGUAGAAAUUGUGGUACUGGAAAUGGCUGCACCCUACUGCCCUGCAGAAAGAGUUAUUAACAACAAGGGAGAUUUCAGGUGGCCCAAAACUUUGGCUGGAAUCACUGCUUAUCAUCCUUGUCUUCAGUAUUCAUUUAACUCCAUUGCCUUUCACAAUGGUGUAGAAGAGUCUAAGGCAUGGCGUAAAUGUAAUCGAACUGGACGCUGGGAUGAAGAAAACUAUUCUGAAUGUCCUUAUUCACAAGAAAUAACUCAAGUUCUUCAUGCUUUCAGUCAGAUGCACAUCAAUUUGACGACUGUACUUGAAUUUUCCCGCCAACUGACAGCCUACACAAGAGGUGCUUCCCACUUUGCGGAUAAAAUGGAUGUAAUAUAUUUGGCUUAUAUAAUGGAAAAGUUAAUUGUCUUCGUGGAUGAAGUUGAAGAUAUAGGGGAUGCUCUCAUUGAAAUUGCCAGCAAUAUAAUGUCUGUUGAUGACCAUGUGUUGUGGAUGGCUCAAAAGGAAGACAAAGCCUGCACCAGAAUUGUGCGGUGUGUGGAACACAUUGCAAAUCAAAUACUGACCAGCAACAUUCAAGUUAUUUCGAAGGUAUCUCAUAAUAUUGCUCUGGAGGCCUUUAUGAUCAAGCCAUCUAAUUUCAUGGGAAUGACUUGCACUGCCUUCCAAAAAAUACCUGCAAAUGUUGACAAGUCAGUUGUACAUGAUUUGGGAAGCUGGGAAGCAGAUCCCCGUUCUGAUCAACAUUUGAAUUUCAAGUGCAACACUGGCAAUCUGAAUGGUUCCUUGUUGAAUUCUUCUACCAGGAAUGCUGUAGCAGUAGCUUCAGUUCAUUUGCCACAGUCUGUCUUCUCUCAGUCUUCAGCCUGGCAAUCUGUUGAUAACGCAACUUGCAAGCUACAGUUUAUUGUCUUUCGGAAUGGAAAACUCUUUCCCAGCACAGGAAACUCAUCAAAUCUUGCAGAUGAUGGGAAACGUAGGACGGUUGCCACACCAGCUGUUUUUGCUAAAAUAGAUGGGUGCAGUUUUGGAAACCUCACCAGCCCUCUUACUAUAGGGUUGAGGCACUUUGCACGGGGUAUAGACCCCAUUGCAGCCUUCUGGGAUUUUGACCUUCUAGAUGGACAUGGAGGCUGGUGGGGAGAAGGGUGCCACAUAAUUAGUUCUGCAGGCAAUAUUACCACCAUUCAGAGUACUCACUUCAGUAACUUUGCAGUGCUAAUGGAUUUUAAGACAGUGCUGUCUUUUCCCCAGUACCCAGGGGAGUUUCUGCACCCUGUGGUAUAUGCAUGUACUGCAGUUAUGUUAUUGUGCCUGUUUGCUUCCAUUAUCACCUACAUUGUCCAUCACAGUACAAUCCGAAUAAGUAGAAAAGGAUGGCACAUGCUUCUCAACUUUUGUUUCCAUACUGCUCUUACCUUUGCUGUUUUUGCUGGUGGAAUCAAUCGCAUUAAAUACCCAAUUAUAUGUCAAGCUGUUGGCAUAGUACUGCAUUAUUCUACACUAUCUACUAUGCUAUGGAUUGGAGUAACAGCAAGGAAUAUUUACAAGCAAGUCACAAAAAAAACUCAGUCAUGCCAAAACGGUGACCAACCUUCUUAUCCAAAACAACCUCUGCUCAGAUUUUAUCUGAUUAGUGGUGGUGUUCCUUUCAUUAUAUGUGGGAUUACAGCAGCAACCAAUAUCAAUAAUUAUGGGAUUGAAGGCAAUGCACCAUAUUGCUGGAUGGCAUGGGAGCCUAGUCUUGGUGCUUUUUAUGGGCCAGUAGCAUUCAUUGUGCUAGUUACCUGUAUUUAUUUUCUCUGCACCUACAUUCAACUGAAGCGCCAUCCUGAACGCAAAUAUGAGUUAAAGGAAAGGACAGAAGAUCCGCAGAGAAUGCCAAGUACUGAAGUGAGCCAUGGUCACAUGACAGACGCUGCGUCCGUUCCCCAGGCAGCCUGCUCCAUGAUUUCUUCUUCCUUACUGGAAAAUGAGCAUUCAUUUAAGGCUCAGCUUCGAGCUGCAGCAUUCACUUUGUUCCUGUUUACUGCCACUUGGACCUUUGGAGCGCUUGCAGUAUCUCAAGGUCAUUUCUUGGAUAUGAUAUUUAGCUGUCUAUAUGGAGCCUUCUGUGUGACCUUGGGGCUUUUCAUCCUUAUCCAUCACUGUGCAAAGCGAGAUGAUGUAUGGCAUUGCUGGUGGUCCUGUUGUCCAUCUAGGAGAAACACCUAUUCUGUCCAAGUUAAUGUGCGCCCAAAAGUCAACAUCAAUGGGGACACUCAAGUUCAUGCAUCUUGUCUUCAGGAAUCACCAUGUCCCAAUAAAUCAGCUGUGUUUAAUCAUCCAGCUGCUAGCCACUGCAAACUCACUAACCUCCAAGCGGCUCAAAAUCACGUUAACUGCCUUUCUCCCGUGACACCAUGUUGUGCAAAAAUGCACUGUGACCAGCUACUUGAUGAUGAAGCUCACAUUCAUGUCCACAACGAGGGAAGCUUCAGACCCAAUAUGCACAUUCAUAGAUGUCUGAAAAGCAGAACUAAGCCACGUUAUUUCAGUCGGCAUAGAUCAGCAGGUGAAAGAGAAUACGCCUACCAUAUUCCUUCAAGUAUUGAUGGCAGCAUCCACAGCUCACAUACAGACAGCCCCCACAGUACACAUGAUAGCCAGUCGGGUCACAGACGGGCCUGCUGCUCGAAAAGCGAUCCAUAUCCUACUGUCAACCAGCCUGAAAGUAGUGAUGCAAGUACUGUCAUAUAUAGUUGUACUAAAAUGUCAGAAAGUGACACUGUGCACCAUCCAGCUCAUUUUGAAAUGCAUCCACGGACACAGUCAUUGCCAUUUAAUACAACAAAUCAUAAUGGAAUUCUCAAGGGAAACGUGCACGAAGCCAUGAUAUACAGCUCAGAUAGUACAGGAAAUAUCAAAACAGGCCCUUGGAAAAAUGAAACUACUGUGUAGUUCAUGGGCCAUCAUAAUGUCUUUUCUCCACCUAGACAUCAUUAAAUUUGCUUUUAUUCAAACCUAAAUAAGAUGACAUAGUCGUGUAGUUCAUCAGCAAAUUGUACAGCCUUUCCAUCUUUAUUCCCAUUUUCUUAAUGAGAGUAUAAAAAAGAGAGAUUGUGAGUUUUGGAAGUGAAGUUAUUUUUAAAAGAAAGUUAUAAAAAUAAUUCUGAAAGAUAAUUAGAAGAUAAAGUGUAGACAACUGAAUAAGAGAGGCAAUAUCCUUUUGUUGCACAGAACAUUUAUUUAGAAAUACAUUGUUGUCAUUCAUUAUUCUCACUUUUGUUCUGUAGUAAUUUCAGACGACUUUUAUAAGCAUAUCAGCAUCUUAAACUUUUACUUAUUUAUUUUUGUAGCAAAAUAUUAUUACUGUACCAUGGAUUUUAAUCAGAAGUGACUAUGGUAGAAACGAUAAACAGGAUUUUAUAAAAUUACAGCUUUUUAGAAGUACAAAAGUGAUACUGCCUCUAACAAUCUUCUGUAGCAUAUGGCCUGUAAAGUCGUGUAAUGUACAGUCUCUGUUAUGUCCUUUUUCUUGUUGGAGAAAAGUGCUAGGUAAUGUCUCUGUUACAUCUAUGGUGCUGUAUUGGUUGUAUUUUGCAUGACAUAUGUCAGGAUAUACCAUUUGCUGUUUUAUAGUGUUACAUGUGUUUAAAAAAAGAACAAAAAAAAGUGUUGUACAAGGCUGUGAAAAACCCUAUUGAUAUUAAUCUAGAGCAUUAUAAAUCUACAGGAAAAAAAAUCACUCUGCACUAGUUUAAGUGGCACAAUCCUUCGUAUAAGGUUAUAUGAUAGCUUUGAUAAGGGUCCACUCUAAUGUCUUUACAGAGCAUGCACUACUCAUAGUAUGUGACACUGUGCGGUGUAAUAGCAACUGUCUCAACAAGUUUUACACUCCUUUGUAAAGUAUGCCUUUUGAACAAAUCUGUAAGCUGUUCCCCAAUAACCUUUCCACAUCUGUUAAGGUAGAGCAGUUUUAUCAUUAACUCUUUGAGGACUACAGUUAUUUUCUUAAAAAUAGCUUAUUCUAAUUCAGAGACUGUAAAUAUGAUGUUGUCUAUUUAGUUACAUGCUCAAUGUAGUCCAGAGUUGCCAGGAAAGAGAAGGUUCAAUCAUACACCAAAACCACACCUUUCUAAUUUCACCUCUUCCUUUCUGAAAAUCUGUCUCCUCUCCUAGCAAAUUUCAGAUUGUCUUCAUUCUUUAAUGCAAAUUUGACCUUCAGUGAACUUCUUUAUGUUCAUGAUUUCUGCUUAAUUGUAGGGCAUCCCAGGGUCAGUAACACUCUCUAUUAACAACGCUUAACAAGGCUUCCUAUGACAAGAAAUUUUUUUCAUGUUUCCAUGAACAUCUGGACACAAAGCAUCAACUCACAGUACAGAACUACAUCAUAAUGAUCCUUAUAUGAAAUAAAAUGGCUUUUUUCAGAUAGGAAUGGUGCAGAAUGAUAAUGAACCGCAUGAAGUGAAUAGGAGCAUAGAGCUGAGAGAGAAAUGUCUACAGUGAAAAGUGAGCAGUGUACCCAUAAAUAAGAGAAAAAGCACAAUUCUGUAUGGCCACAAGAGAAAGUUUGCUCUCAUGUCUUAGCACAGGCUUACGUAAUUGUUAUAUUGCUGCAGAGAGGAAAUAGAAAAAUCUCUAGAAAGGUCAUCAGUCUGUGAUUCUCUGUGCAUAUUUUGCAGAAAUCUCCAUGUACUUCCACUUAUUCGUUGGUUGUUUUUUUGGUUUGUUUUUUUUUUUUUGUUUGUUUGUUUGUUUGUUUGAUUAAAUUUUGAGUUUAUUAGUCUCUACCUUUUUUUUUUUUUUUAGUAUGUAGGAAUGCAUUUCCUAAUAGUGUACAUAAAGAUGACAAUUAUAAUUGUUAGAAUGUUCUAAAAACAUGUAAGUCAGAUGAAUGUGUUCUGCAGUGUUGCAGGUGGGAAUUAGUACUCAAAGGGUUAAUGCUCAGUAUCUGAGUGCAAGAAAUCUUGUUUUUCUGUAUUUUUGUAAAUUUGAAAUAUAUAUUGUAAACUCCAGCAGUGCAAUGUAUCCAUCUCAGAUUGUGUAUUUUUAAAAGGUGAGCAAGAAGAAUGCACUAGGUGGUUGUCUAAUUUUAAGCCAAUAGACAAUAGCUUCAUGACUGCUUCUUUAGCUAAUACAAAACAACAACAACAAAAGAAAUGCCUGAGCUUUAUUAUGUAUAUGCUGUAUAUGCUUGGACUGUCUCUAAACUAAAAUACAGUAUUUUUCUUUGUUUGCAUAACGAAAUAUUUUCUGUUCAGUAAUUAUUUUCUUUUCAUCUUACUUUUACUCAUUUCACAUAGACAGUGAGCCCUAAGCAAGCAUAGACAUAAUGUGAAAUACCACUUCUCUGUGUCUCAGCACUAUGUAUAUGUAUAUUCUGUACUAGCAAAAUCCUAGGGGGUCUGUAGACCAUUAUGCAAAAUGUUAUACACACACACAGAUACACACACACACAGAGCCAAGUGACGUACUCACUCUGCAAGAACCUACUCAGUGAGCUCCUCUAUUCAGCUCAUGUUUUAAUCACCUCUGUUAUUUCAUCUGAGAGGCUUGUUCAGUCUUCAUAAUGGCUUACAAAAGGAUAAAUAGGUGCUGCUUUCCACAGAAUAUCUUGUGUGAUAAAACCCUCUGGAAUUCGAACAUAAAAUAUUAAAACACCUUUCUUAUGUGUUAAAAAAUUAAUUUAGUGACUAUUUCUGGGCUAAUUUGGAAGAAAUGUGUUAUGCAAUAAUCUGUUUGCAUAUUAUUUUUUCAGAAAAUAUGUGGUAUAACUACAGAGCAGGAGAACAUGAUAUUAAAUAAAUAUAAAAAUGUUUUGUAACAUCAAAUUUGACCAAAAUGCUUUUUGUGCUUUUGACUUUUUUUUUUUCCUUAUGAUAAAGGAGAUAAUUUCAA